AUGGUAACUUCCCCAACAUCUGGAAGCGACAAAAGCUGUUGCCGAAGCCAGGCAGGCCCCCUGGAGGUCCUACAGCAUACAGGCCAAUAUGUCGGUAAGGUGCUUGAAAGUAUAAUUCUUAAUGCGCUUACAAUAUACACGGAAGUAGAGAAUGGCCUAUCAAAUAUGCAGUUCGGUUUCCGGAUAAAUAGCCAUACGAACGGUCGUAGAAACUAUGGAAGCUGCGCAGGAGUAAAAGUGAAGAAGAAACCGUUACUGCGGAGUGGUUCUACUGGAUCAACUGUGGUGAACCCGUUCGCCAAAUGUGGGCUAGGGAGGUCACCGACCCUGCAUAACGAACAAGUGCAACAGCAAGUGCAACAGCAACAGCAGCAGCAGCGAGAGCAGCCUAGCGAGGCCAGUCAGAGCACGAGCGGCGACAAACCAGCUGGACGCCAAGGAAAGCUAGGAUUUCAGCAACCAAAGUCCGCAACAGCUAGGAAAGAAAACAUACUGUUUCGUUUGCCGCAAGAGUCGAAAGCGAACUUUUUUUUGAUUUCGGCAAAAUUUGCUUCUUUCGAAGCUUUUUGGCCUGAAAAGUGUCUAAAACGUGAAGUUCGAGAGAUAGGAAAGAACGCCAGCAAGAAGAAGAGUGAGAUUCGAAACGUGUGGGUUGCUUGCAAUCCAUCCGGGUUUGCAUUUGUAGAAUUUGAAGAUGCCUGUGAUGCAAAGCAUUCGGCGCGUGGUCUUGAUGGAAAAACAGUCUGCGGCCGUUGUGCUCGUGUCGAACUGUCUACCGGAAGGGCGGUCAUUGUUUUCGCUGUGGUGGCGAACCACCGCAUGGCAAAUGAGGUCAUGGCAACUUCCAUCCGGACGACAGACGCUACGAGUGUGGAGGGCGAGGUCAUUAUGUCCGAGAUUAUACUAAAGGAAGCAAGAGAUCUCGGAGCCGCAGUUCACGUUCGCGCUCUCAUAAGCUCCGAAUUCGUUCCAAGAGUUACAGCCGAAGCCAUGAACAUGACCGCGACCGCCGUACCCAAUCCAACACACUGAGGAAUGUCAACUCGCGAAAGUUCGAUUAUUCGUGAUUAUAUUAAAUCGCCACGACGUUCCAAGACCCACUCCUGGAGCCACCCCGUUCGGCAACCAGAUCAGGUUUCAGAUCGCAUCGUCGUUGACCGUUUGCAUCGAUAUGAGCCUUGCAACACAACCUUCAGUUCAUCCGUGCAAAUCACGAAUUACAAAUUAAAAUUACAUCAUUGCAAAACGGUUUAAUCUAAAUAACCGUGUACGCAAAUUGCUGCCCGUAUAACGAACAGAUAUAUUUCUCAAGAUGUAUGCAAUUUUGGUAAAAAUAGCUUUCUGCUCAUUCAGAAACUGUCUGGGAAUGUCGUAUCCGAGCAUUUCUAGUGUUCACUGCUUUUAACGAUGGGUUGGAAUAAUGCUACAAAAACUAGAGAAUGUUUCACUUGGAACGGAAAUACAGAUUGUUAUAUUCAAUAAUGCAAUAUAAAGCUACUAAAAAUCCAUGUUCUUUUGUGCUAUAAGGAUGGGCUAUGCGCGCUAAAAUCGGUGUUAGAAACCGGUGUGUCAAUUUGCUUUGGCAAUGUCCAGUCCGCGGAAUGCUUGCUGCAGGGCGGCAACGUCUUUAGAAUGCUUUUCUAUAGAUUUGCUGCUUUUUGAAAGCUCCCGAUGGAAUCGCUCUUUGCUGAAUCUGCCCGAUCGCCCAUUAUAGCUUUUAAACUUCCGCUUACUGAUGGUUGCCUUUGAAUUAGCAAUGUGGCCACAACACUACAAAAACAACUCUUGCUGAAUAGAAAAUAACGUGUUCAAACUAUUUUUUCUUGAUUCUUAAUAUUGAGAGAACCAAUCACAAAUAAGUUAGUUGCAUAACGCUUCAAACCUAAUUUCUUUAGGAGUUAAGAAAAUAGCCUGAUUUAAAAACCUAAAAAGCUUCCAACUGUCAUUCGAAGGAUAACUUCGUAUCUAAGAGAUGAGAUAAUACAGUUAAUCAAAACAUCUGUAUUAGAUCUCCCCUAGUUCUACAAUUUUAUUAAAGCAAACCAAAUGCGACAUAGCUUUUCCCUGUUAGAAAAAAAAUCCCAACCCCUGGUUGCUAGUUCCGGCACCCUGGGGUUGAGUUCCACCCUUUGAGUAUCGCUCUUAGAGCCUUUUGACAUCGUUG